UAAGAAAAAAAAAACUUUUAGGUUUGAGUCUCUUUUUUGAAUUGUAUGGUUUUCCAUUGAUGUUUUGUGCUGCUUUACGUUUGCUGGAUGAACACAAAGGGAACACAAGAGGUAGACGUAUAGUGCUGAAAGUAGAACUCUCUCAACACCCCACUAUCAAUUGUUUCCCAAGAGCCGGCUGCACCCUCCAUGAGCCUUCAGGAGAUGGGGAGGAACAUCACUCUGGUGGGGACGCGGCUGUGCUGGUCAGACGCCCUGCUCUACUGCAGAGACUCUCACUGGGACCUGCUGAGCCUCAUGGGCCCAGAAGACCAGGAGAUGGUUGAUGAGCUGGUGGCUCGCACCCCCUUCCCACUAACCAGCCACCUCUGGGUGGGCCUGCGCAGGUCCCUUUCAGGAAGCUCCUGGUUCUGGAUGUCCGGUGACCCGAUGGACUUCACCCAAUGGGACGAGGGCUCACACCAUCCCAGCCCCUGUGGGGGCGUGUCCAGUGUGGAACCUUCCACAUGGAGGCAACGCUCCUGUGAAGAACAUCUUAACUUCAUCUGUUUCACAGAUCCGACAGAAGGAUCGAAGAAGUUGCGCUUCUACAGUUCCACAAGAGAGAAUCAAAUUCACUGCACCUAACUUGGCCUCACUGGGGAUUCAAGCUGCUGAUUCCGAAGAAGUCCUACGUUUCUGAAUGCUGUACCUCAGAGUGUGUCUUUGGUAGCUAGCUUGUUCCUCAUCCACAUUUUGUGCUAGAGCGGCAUAUAGAAUACAUUAACUUUAGUAUAUAAUCAUAUUCAUAUAAUAAUCAUAUGAAUCAUAUAUUUAUAUAUUCUCUUUAUAAUCAAUGAACUUAUUUUUGAUCAGAGGUAGUUGUCUCAUGCAUCUAUCCUUUGAUUUGCAAUAUGGAGAUUGUGUGUUGAAGAUGGAAUCAAAAGACUAGAAAAAUAAUCGGUGGGCCUUUAGCUCUCUGUCUGGUUUAGCUGACUCAGAAACUGUAUCCAAACGGUAGGGUUUUAUCUAGGGAUGUUUUUUUUAAUAAUGUUAAGUCUUUUUCUAUAGAUGUGAAUGUGCAGUUUGUUUUUUUUUGCCCAUAAAUGUAAAGUAGCUAAAGUUUGUUUGCUAGUGUGAUCCUAAUAUCAGUUACCCGAAGACUAAUUUGACUGUAUAAGUAAAUGGCCGCUGUAGUUAGCCCCUCCAGACAGCCCUGCCACACAUUGCCAGUCAAGGCAGCAGCUCAGGCCUCUGGUCUCCAGCAUGGAGGGGGGGAGGUGGCUUAGAGGUCACAUUGGGCUGGUGUGGGGACAGUGGGGCUGUUUUGGGGGGUCUACGUUUUCCUAUUAUUGGGGGCCAAGCAGCGAAGCUGCGAGACAACCAUUGUUAUUCUACAUUUUCCUAUUAUUAUCGCUCACAGCUAUUUCGGGAUCGCUGGCUCAAGCGCUCUAGCGCCACCAACGGGUGCAAGUUGUACAUGCAUUCAUGUUUAUAACUUUUGACCCAUUCAUCCAAUAUUCAGAAACAAGGUAUCAUUGGAAUCCUUGGGACAAAUAUUGUCCAAUCAUCUCGAAACUUGGCACAGAUGAUCUUCAGGCCAUGCUUGAGAAAAAUCAUCGAAUGGAUUCUUCAAAUUGAAAAUGUAUUGAAAAAUUUGACCGCAAAGCCACCAAACAUUGACAUAUCAUAACCAAACAUGGUACAUAGACCUAUGACAUCAUCAUGGGGACACUCAAACAAUUUGUUGGCCUUUGACGUCAGGGGGACGUCAAACAGGAAGUGAGCUUAUAUCUCUGCAAGGCCUACAUGUAUCCAAACAAAACUUGGCUCAUAGUCUUAUGCACACCUAUCCUGAUGAUGCCCAAAUAAUUUGGCAUCAUCAACGCCUAGGGGGGCGUUGUUAGCAGCAACUCUAUUCCGGCCUUUAGAAAGCAACUUCAAUGUAUUUUCCUUGUGAAAACCAUUUGCCAAUAUCUUUCAUUGUAGGUGAAAUUACUGAGUCAUCAUGUAGCCACCUAACCGAUUAUGUCUGUGCAGCAAAAUUUGUUUAUGGAGUCCUAUUCUGCUUGACCACCACAUUGCUGCUCGCAGCUAUAUUAUGGGGUCAAGCAGCGAAUUUGCGAAACAAUCAUUGUUAUUCUACUUAUUCCUAUUAUUAUUUUCCUGCCAUGGGAGUCUAUGGCAGCCCAUAAAACGCAUUGGUAAAAAGUCCCAUGAUCCCUCAAAGCAAUUUCGGGGUCGCUAGCUGAGGAGCUCUAGCUACACCAAUAGGUCAAGUUGGACUUGUAUUCAUGUUUAUAACUUUUGACCCAUUCAUCCAAUAUUCACAAACAAACCUUGGGCCAAGCCGAGUUCAACGGCUUGGCCCAAGGAUGUUGUCAUUUUGCGCAAUAAUGGAUUUUCCAACUCCUUGUUUUUAAUCAAAACCCCUCAAAAAACAAAAAAAACUCCUAUCACAAAAGUUAUCAAACAGAUUUUUCAAAUUCAAAAACUUUAAGCCGCCAAAGCCAUCAAGCCUCAGGAAAACUUUUAAUUUCUUGUAUUUUUUGUUAGAUAAUUGUUAAAAGACCUGUGAUACAAU